AUGCCUGAUUUCAAGAUCUCCGCAUCCCUUGAAGGCCAUGGCGAUGAUUACGGCUUUGGAAGCUCGUCUCUACCCAACCCCCCCUCAUAUGACUACACAAUAACUGCACAUGGCCAGGCUUUCAUCAACAGUCUAGCCUACCUGCAACCUACAACUAAGUAUCCAGAGGGCCUCAUUCUGUCUGGUGGACAGGAUACCAUAAUUGAAGCCCGUCAACCCGGGAAGAGAUCGGAUGACAAUGCGGAUGCGAUGCUUCUGGGCCAUGCCCACAACGUCUGUGCUCUGGAUGUGUCACCCGAUAGCGGAUGGAUCGUCAGUGGUAGCUGGGACUCGUCGGCUCGGAUCUGGACGGUUGGGAAGUGGGAGACUGAUGUCGUAUUGAAUGGCCAUGAAGGAAGCGUUUGGGCUGUGCUGGCCUACGAUAACAACACCGUUAUCACCGGCUGCGCCGACAAGAUGAUUCGCAUAUUCAAUACCUCCGGAAAGCUCCUUGCCAGUAUACAAAACUCCAAUGACGUCGUGCGGGCCCUCUGUAGGGUCCCCUCAUCGAACCCGACCGGAGCGCAGUUUGCAUCGGCCAGUAAUGAUGGCAUUAUUCGUCUAUACACUCUGCAGGGCGAUUUGGUCGCUUCUCUUCAUGGCCACGAGAGCUUCGUCUAUUCUUUGGCUGCGCUGCCUUCCGGUGAGCUAGUGAGCUCAGGCGAAGAUCGAACCGUUCGAGUAUGGAACGGCAUUCAGUGCGUUCAAACCAUUACCCACCCUGCCAUCUCGGUUUGGAGUGUUGCUGCAUGUAGGGAAACGGGUGACAUCAUUACCGGCGCUAGUGAUCGCAUUGCGCGUAUUUUCAGCCGAAGUCCGGAGCGACAGGCGGCACCGGAGGUUAUUGAGUUGUUUGAUCAGGCUGUCAAGGAGUCAGCCAUUCCUGCGCAACAAGUUGGCAAUAUCAACAAGGAGCAAUUGCCCGCCCGGAGUUCCUUAAGCAGAAAUCAGGAACGAAAGAGGAUGAUCAAUGAACCUGAUGGCAGCAUCACGGCUCAUACUUGGUCAGCAGCCACACAGGAGUGGAUUGCAGUUGGCACCGUGGUGGAUUCGGCAGGAAGCAGCGGUCGCAAAACGGAAUACCUUGGGCAGGAUUAUGAUUAUGUCUUCGAUGUCGAUAUCGAAGAUGGCAAGCCUCCGCUCAAACUCCCCUACAAUGCCUCACAGAAUCCUUACGAAGCAGCCACCAAGUUCAUCGGCGACAACGAGUUGCCUAUGACAUAUCUGGACCAGGUUGCAAACUUCAUCACACAGAACACUCAGGGUGCAACUUUGGGCCAAUCUCAAGAUGCGGCUCCUCCCGGCUCAGACCCCUGGGGCUCUGAUCGACGAUACCGUCCUGGAGACGCUUCAGCCGCCGAGAAUACUCCAUCGUCCACUCCUGAGGAGCGCACACAUGUUCUUCCACAAAAGACGUAUCUUUCUAUCCGUUCAGCAAACCUCAAAGUCAUUACGAGAAAGCUCCAGGAAAUCAAUGAGAAGCUUCUAUCCGAAGGUGCUAAGGACAAAGCAUUGACCCCUUCAGAGAUACAAGACAUCGUGGCUCUGUGCGGCAAGUUAGAGUCCUCCCAGCAGCUCCCAGACUCCCCAGCGGUCGAAGCUGGAGUUCCGCUGGUGUUCAAGGCCGCUACGGCAUGGCCCACUGCGAACAGGCUCCCGGGACUGGAUCUUCUUCGUCUGCUGGCUGCCGCUGCACCUUUCGCCGCGACCACGGAGUUUAAUGGUGACGACCUCGUGACAGGGCUUCUGACCAGCCGGGUUUUCGACACGCCGCUCAACGUCAACAAUGCAAUGCUUUCUGUCCGAACCUUUGCCAACCUUUUCGAAACAACCGCUGGACGGUCCCUGGCUAUGAACACAUUCGAGCAAAUUUUAACCGGUGUGAGAUCUGCUCUAUCCAACAGUGGCGACUCGCCCAACCGUAAUCUCACUAUCGCUGUUACCACCUUGUACAUCAACUUCGCUGUCUACCUUACCUCGGAUGGCCGGGCAUCGGCCCCUGAAUCCGCGGAACGCGGUCUGAUCCUCCUCGAGGAACUUUGCGAGAUAGUUGCGGGCGAGAAGGACUCCGAGGCAGUCUACCGAGGUCUGGUCUCUCUGGGGACUCUGGUCAAGGCUCUAGGAGCCGAGGUUAAGAGUGCAGCGAAAGAUAUCUUUGAGAUCGAAAGUAUCCUAUCACGCGUCUCUUCAUCGGCUGUUGGAAAAGAGCCCCGAGUGAAGGGCAUCAUUGGCGAGAUCAAGGAAACUCUUCAAGUCUGA